UUUGUGAAAAAUAAGCAUGGUUUCCUUCAAAUAUUGUGCAGUUGUACUAGUUUGGAUAGCAACUAAUAUUAUCUUAAACGCACCACCUAUUCUAUCAAAAUAUUUAUCAUACACAUCUAUUAUAUCAAAAUCUUCAUCAUCAAAAGAGGAGGCACAGGCUCUUCUCCGCACUGGUUGGUGGGGGAACACUAGUAUUCCAUCAGUUCACAAUUCCACAAGUCACUGUGAGUGGGAUGGAAUAUCUUGCAAUAAGUUUGGAAAUGUCAUUGGGAUAGACCUUUCUCCGUACUGCCAAUACCGUUAUUGGAACUUCGAGGGGGGAGAGCUGGAGAAAUUGAACAUGUCUUCCUUUCCAAACUUAGUAACUCUCGAUCUCAGCUACUGUCGGCUCAAUGGAAGCAUCCCCUAUGAAAUCGGAAGGUUGUCAAAACUCAAAUACCUUCGACUUUUUGGCAAUGAUCUUACAGGUACACUACCUCUUUCUCUUGCUAACCUCGCCCAAAUAGUUGAGCUCGACAUUUCUGGCAAUAGUAUCAGUGGCUCUAUCCCCUCAACAAUUGUAUCUUCCUUCCCAAACUUAGUAAGUCUCAAUCUCAGUCGUUGUGGGUUCAAUGGAGGCAUCCCAUAUGAAAUCGGAAGGUUGUCGAAACUCAAUUACCUUCAACUUUCUUACAAUGAGCUUACAGGUAUGCUGCCUCUUUCCAUGGCUAAUCUCACCGAACUACUCGAGCUUGACAUUUCUUACAAUGAGCUUACAGGUAUGAUGCCUCUUUCCAUGGUUAAUCUCACCCAACUACUCCAGCUUGACAUUUCUAACAAUUCUAUCAGCGGCUCUAUCCCCCCAGAAAUAAGGAAUCUUAAAAAUCUAGAGUACUUGGACCUAAGUUAUAACAAUUUCACCGGUCCCAUUUUUUCAUAUAUUGCUAAUCUCACCAGGCUACAAUUUAUAUACCUUAAUUCAAAUCAUUUUAACGGUUCCGUCCCACCUACCAUUGCUAAUUUGACUUAUCUUAUUCAUCUAAAUCUUGCUGGUAACAACUUCACCGGUGAAAUCCCUUCAUCAUUAAUGGAGGAGACAGAGGCUCUUCUCCGCACUGGUUGGUGGGGGAACACUAGUAUUCCAGUUGACAAUUCCACAAGUCACUGUGAGUGGGAUGGAAUAUCUUGCAAUAAGCUUGGAAAUGUCAUUGGGAUAUGCCUUUCUGGGUACUACCUGGGGGGAGAGCUAGAGAAAUUGAACAUGACUUCCUUUCCAAACUUAGUAAUUCUCAAUCUCAACUACUGUUGCCUCAAUGGAAGCAUCCCGCAUGAAAUCGGAAGGUUGUCAAAACUCAAAUACCUUCUACUUCCUCACAAUCGUCUUACAGGUACACUACCUCUUUCUCUUGCUAACCUCACCCAAAUAGUUGAGCUCGACAUUUCUGGCAAUAGAAUCAGUGGCUCUAUCCCCUCAACAAUUGUGUCUUCCUUCUCAAACUUAGCAAGUCUCAAUCUCAGUCUUUGUCGGUUCAAUGGAACCAUCCCAUAUGAAAUCGGAAGGUUGUCGAAACUCAAAUACCUUCAACUUUCUUACAAUGAGCUUACAGGGAUGCUGCCUCUUUCCAUGGCUAAUCUCACCCAACUACUCGAGCUUGACAUUUCUCACAAUUCUAUCAGCGGCUCUAUCCCCACAGAAAUUGGAAGGAUGUGGAAGCUUACCUCUCUCCAACUUUCUUUCAAUAAUCUUACAGGUAGGCUGCCUCCUUCCAUUGGUAAGAUCACCCAGCUAUCCAUCCUCAACACUUCUUCCAAUCAUAUCACCGGUGAGAUCCCUUCAUCUCUUGGUCACUGGCUUUACUCUCUAGACCUUUCCAAAAAUUUGUUAAAUGGAACCAUACCAACAGAGAUAGGGAAUUUGAAAAAUCUAGAUCAUUUGGAUCUCUCUCACAAUCAUCUCUCCGGCACUAUUCCCAUUUUUUUUAGCUAUAAUUGGCAGUCCAUUGACUUGUCAUACAAUGAUUUGGAGGGAGAAAUCCCACAAAGUUUUCAAUUUCGAAGCAACUCAUUCCAGGAAUUAAAAUUAAGGGGAAAUAAAUGUUUAUGUGGUUCAGUCGAAGGUUUCCCUCCUUGUAGAAAGAGAAACAGAUUCGUGCACUUGGGCACCAUUUUGCUUGUCAUCAUCAUUUCCCUUGCCUUCUUAAUCCUUGGAACUGUUUUCUUCUGCUGUAAAAAGGUUAGAAAAAAUACGAAAUUUGAAGAAAGAGCAAUCAAGAAGGAAAAUCUGUUCUCAGUGUGGAAUUAUGAUGGACGCAUUGUGUAUGAAGAUAUCAUUAAAGCAACAGAUAACUUCGACAUUAGACACUGCAUAGGGACCGGUGGUUAUGGCAGUGUUUACAAGGCACAACUGCCGAGUGGUGAAGUUAUUGCAUUGAAGAAACUUCAUAAACUAGAAGCCGAAGAACCAGCUUUCGAUAGGAGUUUUAGGAAUGAGGUGCAGAUGUUAACAGAAAUAAGGCAUCGAAACAUAGUCAAGCUUUACGGAUUCUGCUUGCAUGACCGUUGCAUGUUCCUAAUUUACGAGUACAUGGAAAGAGGCAACUUAUUCUGUGCCCUAAGAUAUGAUGACGAAGCAGUGGAAUUGAAUUGGACCAGGAGGGUGAACAUUAUUAAAGGCAUUGCACAUGCUUUGUCUUAUAUGCAUCAUGAUUGCAAUCCACCAAUUGUUCAUCGCGACAUAUCAAGCAGUAACAUCCUGUUGGACUCGGAAUCGGAGGCAUUUGUCUCUGAUUUUGGCACUGCUAGACGGCUCUAUCCGAAUUCAUCAAACCAAACCGUACCUGCAGGCACUUUUGGAUAUAUCGCCCCAGAACUUGCCUACACCAUGGAAGUGAAUGAAAUGUGCGAUGUUUAUAGUUUUGGGGUUGUGGCGCUAGAAACACUCAUGGGAAGGCAUCCGGGAGAACUUCUUCAAUCACUUGCAUCAGCAUCUACUCAAAAUAUAAUGCUAAAUGACAUGUUAGAUGCGCGCCUCCCAGCUCCAGAGCAUGGAAUGAUUGCACGGGAUGUUGUUCUGGCUGCUACCUUGACAUUUUCUUGUUUGCGUUCUGAACAAAAGUAUCGUCCAACAAUGUUACGCGUCUCCCAAGAGUUUCUUGCUUGCAAAUAUUCACAAACUAAACCUCUACAGAAAAUUUUACUAGGGCAGUUGAUGAAUCAAGAUAUAUGUUUGAUCAAAUAAUCCUAUAAUCUUUGUACUACUGACUACAAAAUAUAGAAUGAUAGGGUUCGUUUCUUGCUUGUUGGAUUUCAAAUCUUAGGCUAGUUAUUUGACUUCUUGCAUUUCUAUUACAAUUGUCUAUUAAAUCAAGAUUUUCAUCCGUUCAAUUAAUUCAUUAAA